GGUUAAAGUCAAACAUGCAUAUUCUCCCGUUCCUUCCUCAAUCUCAAUAUAUAUCCCAACACAUUCACCAAGAGGGAAAGGACCCCACACAAAACAUCGCCAAAACAAACUGAUCCAGUGAUAGUUUUUGUUUCUGAGAUUAAUUGCAUUAAAGUUAUAACUUUUUUUUUUCUUUUUCUGGUGGCAUCAUGGAGGGUGGCGGGAGUUUCAGGAUUGAAAGUUCAUCCAUUUGGAGGGACAGUGACGCCAAGAUAUUCUCAAACUCUAUCCACCAACAGGAGGACGAUGAAGAGGCUCUCAAAUGGGCUUCCAUUCAGAAACUUCCCAUUGUUUCACGUUUGAGGAAGGCUUUGCUCACUUCACCAAAUGGGGGAACCAAUGAGAUUGAUGUACACAAACUUGGGUUGCAAGAAAAGAGAGCUUUACUUGAAAAACUUGUGAAAACUGCUGAAGAGGACAAUGAGAAGUUUUUGCUCAAGCUCAGGGAUAGAAUUGAUAGAGUUGGACUCGAUCUUCCUACUAUAGAGGUUCGGUUUGAGAAACUGAACGUCGAAGCAGAAGCUCGAGUAGGAACUAGAGCUUUGCCUACCUUAACUAACUUCAUGGUUAAUAUAGUGGAGGGGCUCUUGAACUCUCUUUAUAUACUUUCAAGAAGAAGGCAACAUAUAAAUAUUCUCCAGGAUGUUAGUGGAAUAAUAAAGCCUGGCAGGAUGACAUUGCUUUUGGGCCCUCCAAGUUCUGGGAAAACCACACUAUUGUUGGCCUUGGCUGCAAAACUUGAUCCAAAAUUAAAGUUUUCUGGAAAGGUGACUUAUAAUGGUCAUGGGAUGGAUGAGUUUGUACCCCAAAGAACUGCUGCUUAUGUCAAUCAAAAUGAUCUUCAUGUUGCAGAAUUGACAGUCAGAGAAACCUUGGCCUUCUCAGCAAGAGUCCAAGGAGUUGGAAGUCGUUAUGAUUUGCUUGCAGAAUUGUCCAGAAGAGAAAAAGAGGCAAAUAUCAAGCCUGAUCCAGAUAUUGAUGUCUACAUGAAGGCUGUAGCAACUGAAGGGCAGAAGGCAAGUUUGAUAACAGAUUAUGUCUUAAGGAUUUUGGGACUGGAGGUCUGUGCUGAUACUAUUGUAGGAAAUGCAAUGUUAAGAGGGAUCUCUGGCGGACAAAGGAAACGCGUUACAACAGGAGAGAUGCUGGUUGGACCAGCAAAAGUUCUAUUCAUGGAUGAAAUAUCUACCGGUUUGGAUAGCUCAACAACUUAUCAAAUCGUGAAUUCACUCAAGCAAAUUGUUCACAUUUUCAAAGGAACCGCUGUCAUCUCACUCCUGCAGCCAGCACCAGAGACUUACAAUCUUUUUGAUGACAUUAUUGUACUCUCUGAUAGUCACAUUGUGUACCAGGGUCCUCGUGAAUACGUGCUUGAAUUUUUUGAAUCAAUGGGUUUCCAAUGUCCUGAGAGGAAAGGUGUGGCUGAUUUUUUGCAAGAAGUAACAUCAAGGAAAGAUCAGGAGCAGUACUGGUCACACAAAGAUCAGCCUUAUAGAUUUGUCACAGCCAAACAUUUCUCAGAGGCACAUAAGUCAUUUCAUGUUGGGAGAAGACUUGGUGAAGAACUCGCUACUGAAUAUGACAAGUCUAAUAGCCACCCAGCUGCUUUGACAACAAAAAAGUUUGGAGUGAGAAAGUGGGAACUGUUAAAAGCAUGCUUAUCAAGAGAAUAUUUACUUAUAAAACGCAAUUCAUUUGUUUACACCUUCAAGCUUAGCCAACUUGCUUUAAUGGCAUUUAUUGCCAUGACUAUUUUCCUCCGGACUGAGAUGCACAGAGAUUCAGUGACUGAUGGCGGCAUAUAUGUGGGUGCGUUGUUCUAUGGCGUUGUUGUGAUUUUGUUCAAUGGAUUAGCUGAACUUUCCAUGGUCGUUUCAAGGCUUCCUGUUUUCUACAAGCAAAGGGAUGAUCUGUUUUUUCCUUCAUGGGCAUAUGCUUUUCCUGCAUGGAUCCUAAAAAUCCCCAUGACUUUUGUGGAAGUGGGCGUUUGGGUAUUUCUCACCUAUUAUGUCAUUGGCUUUGAUCCACAUGUUGGAAGAUGUCUUAGGCAAUACCUUGUUCUUGUACUAGUAAACCAGAUGGCUUCAGCAUUAUUCCGAUUAAUUGCAGCAGUUGGGAGGGAAUUGACAGUAGCUGUAACACUUGGGUCGUUUUCACUGGCCACCCUUUUUGCUAUGAGUGGUUUUAUCCUAUCCAAAGACAAAAUAAAAAAAUGGUGGCUAUGGGGCUUCUGGAUAUCACCUAUGAUGUAUGGACAAAAUGCUAUGGUAAAUAAUGAGUUCCUAGGGAACAGAUGGAAACAUGUUCUACGUAACUCAACAGAGCCGCUUGGAGUUGAAGUUUUGAAAUCUCGGGGAUUCUUUACUCAGUCAUACUGGUACUGGAUAGGUGUUGGGGCUUUGAUUGGAUAUACAUUACUUUUCAACUUUGGCUACAUCCUCGCUCUAGCAUACUUGAGUCCACCCGGGAAGCAUCGAGCUAAUAUAUCAGACGAACCUGAAAGCAAUGAGCAGAAUGGUUGUAGUAAUAAAGGAACUAAUUUGAUGAGGAACAAAAAAUAUAGCUUUUCUCAGCAAUCAAACAGAGUGAGAAAUGAUAGAAGUAUAAGUGGAAGCACAUCUUCUCGUACUUUACCCACUAGUAAAAGAGGAAUGGUUCUCCCUUUUGAACCACAUUCCAUCACCUUUGACGAAGUAAGAUACGCCGUGGACAUGCCACAGGAAAUGAGGAACCGAGGUGUCGUGGAGGAUAAAUUGGUGCUUUUGAAGGGUAUCAGUGGAGCUUUCAGGCCAGGUGUUCUCACUGCUCUAAUGGGUGUCACUGGUGCAGGCAAAACAACUCUGAUGGAUGUACUUGCUGGUAGGAAAACAGGAGGAUAUGUUGGAGGAAAUAUCACAAUCUCUGGCUAUCAGAAGAAGCAAGAAACAUUUGCAAGGAUUUCUGGCUACUGUGAGCAAAAUGACAUCCACUCUCCUCAUGUUACCGUCUAUGAAUCCUUGCUCUAUUCAGCUUGGCUCCGAUUGUCCCCAGACAUCAAUGCUGAACCCAGGAAGAUGUUUGUUGAAGAAGUCAUGGAACUUGUGGAAUUAAAACCACUAAGGAAUGCAUUAGUUGGAUUGCCUGGUAUUAAUGGUCUGUCCACAGAGCAACGCAAAAGGUUGACAAUUGCUGUUGAACUUGUGGCAAAUCCUGCUAUAAUAUUGAUGGAUGAGCCAACUUCUGGGCUAGAUGCAAGAGCUGCAGCUAUUGUCAUGAGAACAAUUAGGAACACAGUUGACACAGGAAGAACAGUUGUUUGUACCAUCCAUCAGCCUAGCAUAGACAUAUUUGAAUCUUUUGAUGAGCUUUUGCUAAUGAAGCAAGGAGGACAAGAGAUAUAUGUGGGACCACUUGGACAUCAUUCUUCCCAUUUGAUUAGUUACUUUGAGGGAAUCCAUGGCGUCAAUAAGAUUAAAAAUGGAUAUAAUCCGGCAACAUGGAUGUUGGAAGUCACGACUUUGGCAAAAGAAAUGGAAUUGGGAAUUGAUUUUGCUGAGGUGUACAGAAAUUCUGAUUUAUACAGGAGAAACAAAGUUCUUGUUAAAGAAUUGAGUACUCCAACUCCUGGUUCAAAAGACCUUUAUUUUCCUUCACAAUACUCAACUUCCUUCUUCACCCAAUGCAUGGCUUGCUUAUGGAAACAACAUUGUUCAUACUGGCGAAAUUCUCAAUACACUGCUCUAAGAUUUCUUUACUCAACUACUGUAGCUGUUUGGCUUGGGAGCAUGUUUUGGAACCUUGGCUCCAAAAUUGAAAAGCAACAUGAUCUUUUCAAUGCCAUGGGUUCCAUGUAUGCUUCUGUUCUCCUUCUUGGUGUUAAGAAUGCUAAUGCAGUGCAGCCAGUGGUUUCUGUUGAGAGAACAGUCUUUUAUAGGGUAAGAGCAGCUGGAAUGUAUUCAGCAUUUCCAUAUGCUUUUGCUCAGGUUCUGAUUGAGCUUCCCUAUGUACUUGUACAAGCCUUGGUCUAUAGCAUUAUAAUUUAUGCCAUGAUUGGUUUUGAGUGGAGUGUCGCUAAAUUUUUGUGGUGCUUAUUCUUCAUGUACUUCACCUUCCUAUACUUCACCUACUAUGGUAUGAUGUCAGUGGCAGUGACCCCAAACCAACAUAUUUCCGCUAUAGUUUCCUCUGCAUUUUUUUCAAUAUGGAAUAUCUUCUCAGGAUUCAUAGUCCCACGGCCAAGGAUCCCAGUAUGGUGGAGGUGGUACAGUUGGGCAAAUCCAAUUGCUUGGAGUUUGUAUGGAUUGGUGGCUUCACAAUAUGGUGAUAUAAAGAAAAGCAUAGAAUCAAGUGACGGGAGUACAACAGUGGAAGGCUUUGUAACAAGUUACUUUGGUUUCAAGCAUGAUUUUCUGGGAGUGGUUGCAGCUGUGAUUGUUGCAUUCCCAGUAGUCUUUGCAUUGAUCUUUGCCAUAUCAGUGAAGGUGUUUAAUUUCCAGCGUCGUUAGGAACGCAUUCAAGUAUUUUGUAUAGAUGUUCCACGUAACGUUUGUAAGAAACUAUGCACAUAGCGUUUUGUAUUCUUUUAUUUAUCAAUUAAAUGUAUCAUAGUCCAAUAGUA